AUGGUUUUACCGCCUCCCUGGAGAACUAGUUCCAUGUGGCCAAUAGGAGCCGUUACAAAGCCAUUGCAGCUGUUGUGCUUCUCUGAUGGUGCAGCCAAGCUUCUGGACAAAAAUCUAUUCUCUGUCAGCGCUCCAAAUCCACUGCUUCCUUCUCCUGCAAGUCUUCAGCUCGCUCAGCUACAAGCCCAGCUUACCCUGCACAGGCUAAAAUUGGCUCAGACAGCAGUCACCAGCAACACAGCAGCUGCAACUGUUCUGAAUCAAGUUCUCUCCAAAGUGGCCAUGUCUCAGCCUCUGUUUAAUCAAUUAAGACAUCCAUCCAUGAUUAACACACCCCAGGGGCAUGCCGGAGGACCUCAGCAAGGACCUGUGAUCGCCAAUACUAGAUUUCCAUCUAGUGGAAUACCUUUUCCAGCACAGAAUCCAGCUUUAGCGGUACCAGGAGGAAGCAUGGGGCCUAUUGGGAAUAUACAGAAUCAAAACCCAAAUUCUAUUGUCAUGCACCCCUUUGGAGGUGUAAUGUCUCAGACAUCCAGCCAACCAGCUGUAGUUAUGAGUCUCAAUGAGACAGGCCACUCGUCUGCUGUGGGAGGAUUUUAUGACUACAAUAAACAAAAUGUGUCUGCCCCUCAAGUAUACACCGCUGAUGCAGGCCAGGGCAAUCAGCACAACUUCAUGACCAGUGGGUCUCACUCAGUCUCCUCCUCCUCAGGAGGGGUACCCUAUGAAGGUCAUUUUGGUCCUUCCGGCCAACUAAAACAAGACAGUCAGCCUGGACUUCAGAAAGACUUCUAUGGCCCCAAUUCUAAAGGACAGCAUCCAACAGGAAUACAAUCUUUGGGUUUUUCUGGUGAGCCACAGAUGAGUGCUCAUCAAACUGUGAGUCAGAAAGGAGAAGCAGGCCCUGUGGUACAUAACACAGGUGCAAAUAGCCAGUGGGAAAACACUCCUAAUUUCUCCAGCCAGAACAAGGCUGACCUCAUGGUCAGUGGCAACUUGUGGCCGUCCACAGGUCAGCAGUAUGAAAUAAGAAAUGAACUGUACAACCCUGAAGAACCGACACCUGACACAAAGUUUGGUGCUGGGACUACACUUCCUUUCCACAGACUUAACAAUAGUAAACCAAGUUUCAGUAGUUCCCAAAUGAGGCAGAAUGAUGAGUUGACCACAAAAACAUCUGAUUUGUCGGUGAGAUCACUUCAGCCUCAUGAACUAAAUGACUUUCACGGCAUAGCUCCUCUUCACUUCCCACACGUCUGCACAAUAUGUGACAGAAAGAUCUUUGAUCUAAAGGACUGGGAUCAGCACAUUAAAGGAAAUCUUCACAUCCAAAAAUGUAUGGUUUUCUCAGAAAACACUGGCAUCCGAUGUGUGUUAAGUUCAGCAGAGGCAGCGUUGCAUUCAUCUCCAAAUAGCACAUCAGUUUUCAACCCUUCUGGCAUCGAAGAUUACCCAUUGAAUGCUGGCUCAUCUUAUACCACUAUGUCAACAAGAGCCUUUGGUCAGCCAGGUCCUACAUUUUCUUCCCCUCCAUCUGGAGUAAAAUUUCCACACAGCAAAUCCGCUGUGGGCCGAGUAGUACACAUCUGCAAUCUCCCUGAAGGAAGCUGCACAGAGAAUGAUGUCAUUAAUCUUGGACUUCCCUUUGGGAAAGUCACUAAUUAUAUCCUCAUGAAAUCUACUAAUCAGGCCUUUCUCGAAAUGGCUUACACUGAGGCUGCACAGGCAAUGGUGCAGUACUACCAAGAGAAACCUGCUAUGAUAAAUGAUGACAAGUUACUCAUUAGAAUGUCUAAAAGAUACAAGGAGCUUCAGCUGAAGAAACCAGGUAAAAAUGUGGCAGCAAUCAUCCAGGACAUCCAUUCUCAAAAGGAAAGAGAUAUGUACCGUGACGCCGACAGGUAUGGGACUGAGAGGCCCCGGUCUCGCAGCCCCAUAAGUCGCUCUCUGUCACCAAGGUCCCGCACCCCGAGCUUUACUUCCUGCAGCUCACCUCGCAGUCCGUUGGGUGCCAGCAGGACAGACUGGGGAAAUGGAAGAGAGUCAUGGGAUCAGUCCCCUUACUCCCGAAGAGAGGAAGAAAGAGAUGCAGCACUCUGGAGAGAGAACGGGGAGGAGAAAAGGGACAGGACUGACACAUGGGUUCACGAGAGAAAAUAUUAUAUACGGCAGCUGGAUAAGCUAGACGUAGAUGGACGGAUCGAAGGAGCCAGAGGGCACAGAGAAAAGUACUUAAGGUGUGGUUCACCCAAUGCCCUUCAUGCUGUACCUGGAUAUAAGAGCAGGGAAGAUGACUAUUACAGAAAAGCAGCUAAGUCAAAAUCUGAUAGAUACCAAAAGCAGCUGCAGGAUGCUCCCGUGAAGUCUAAAAGAAAAGAUGAGGCCAGGUUAAGAGAACACAAACACUCUCACUGCGAGGACCUAGAUAAGGAGGAAACUUCCGAACAAAGGCCCAACAAGGAAUCUGAAGGCAGCAGGCAAAAGCAAAGUGAUAAAUAUAAAAUCAAAAAAGCUGAUAAAGACCCAGUUGAUGCUGCUGCUGUGGCUGAAAGCAGUGACGUGAAGGAAGGCAACGCACCUGAGGAUGAGCUUGGGAAAGAGGAGCAUAUUACAGAGAAGACCUCACCUUCAGUGAAUAAACAAGGAAAAGAUUCAGCAGAUUCUGUGGAAAGCACAACAAAAGAGAAGGAGCAAGACUGGGAAAGUGGAAGUGAGAUGGAAGGCGAGGCCUGGUAUCCAGCUAACAUGGAAGAACUGGUCACAGUGGAUGAAGUGGGAGAAGAUGACUUUAUUAUGGAGCCAGAUAUAACCGAACUUGAAGAAAUUGUUCCAGUUGAUCCAAAAGACAAAGCAUGCUCAGAAAUGCAUCAGUAUGUAACUAGCACAUUAGAACUGGAAAAUGACCAUAGCCAGAUAAACAGAUGUGAAGGCGAAUCUGCCCAGGAAGCUCCAGAAAUGAGCUUCAGAUCAGCAAAGGAAAGCAGAGCUGCUGCCGGUGGCUGUCCAGAAGAUGAUGAUGAUGAUGAUGCAGUUACCGAAGCAUCAAGCCUAAAUCUGGACACUGAACAGAAGCCAGAUGAAUCACAAGAAGACAGAGCUCUUAGGGAUUCUAAUUAUCACAAAAAGGAAGGAAAAAUAGAGGAGAGCUCUGAUAUUCACAUAAAGCUGGAAGAUGGACAGAUACCUUCUGAUCAAAUGAAAGGAGAGACUCACCAGCUCUCUGGCACUUUUAUGGAUCAUUACAAGCAGAUGGGAUCACAAGAAACAGAGAGUAGAGAAGUCAUGGAAAUGCUUGUAAAAAACUCCUGUGAAGAAACAACGCGUGGAAGCCAAGAGUGUCAAGAGACCCGGGUAAAUCCUAGGUACCUGGAAAUGAAAUCUCCUGAAUUCUCCGAGGUGAAAUCUAAAAGACCCCAUUCCUCACCAUCCUGGGAACAAGAGGAUGUUUUCACUGAACUUAGCAUUCCUCUAGGUGUGGAAUUUGUGGUGCCCAGAACGGGGUUUUACUGCAAGCUUUGUGGACUUUUCUACACGAAUGAAGAGACAGCUAAGACAAGCCACUGCAGAAGUACUGUUCACUACAAAAAUCUUCAGAAGUAUCUAUCCCAACUUGCAGAAGAGAGUCUGAAAAUGAAUGAAGAAGACAGCAAUCUGCCACAGGACGUUGCUGGGAUUGUUCCCCACUUUGAGAAGAAAAAGCUAUGAUGUGCUCAACUAGAAGAGUUGUAAAUGAGUGAAUGCUGACAUUUCAUUGUUGAGUUACAUGAUGUGGUGAUCAAUUCGCACUGUGCAGGAGGAAGGAAAGCACAAUAAACAGCAUAUUCUAUGCAUCUGUGCCCAGGGUGCCAUUAAAAACCAUAAUGCCUGAAAUAGUUUCCCACGGGGAAGCAGUCCUGGCGUAUCUGUAACAAGCACAGCUAUUCUUUCUCAGGCUGUGUGUUGGGAGCGGCUUCCUGUACUAACUCAGAAUUCUCAGGGAUUCUCAGAUGCCACACAGUAGGUCAGGCUGAGUAUUUAGAAGAACUUAGCAUCCUCCAGUGGAAAUGAUCUGAAAAGAAAUGUC